ACGGAAAUUACACAAGUGUCCUUUAACAAAUCAAAUGCGGUGUCAUGUAUUUGUCUCUACCUCCGUGUUUGCAUAUAAUUUCUCAUUAUUAAUCUUAUCAUUGUUAUCUACCCAUCUUUCGACUAUAUUUUAUUUCCAUUUUCAGUAUCUCUAAUCAUAGAAGGGUUCAUUUAUUAAUUCAGUUAAUCAGUCAUUUUCAAAGAAUAUAACAAUCAACAAACAUCAUCUUCUCCGAGUAUAGAUCUGCAGCAUCACCACCGUGAACAUGGCGUUUCUCCGCUUUCUUCCACAACCACUCAAUUCAUCAUUAUCUACUGAUUUCCUUCAUCAUCAUCACCGUCUUCCCUAUCCUCAACAACAACAACAACAUCGCCUCAAUUUCGCCGUCGUAAAAACCACUGCUCUCUCAGAUUCUCAUCCGUCUAGAACCUUACUUGAUUCGAAAACUCAAGUGUUUGAUGCUGUUCCUCUUUUAUCUUCCUCCCAGGCCUAUGAAAGGAUGAAAGCAUUCAGAGAAAAUAUAAAAGGAAAGCAGCAAUAUCUUGCCAUGUAUUCUAGUAUUUUUGGUGGGAUAACAACUGAUCCAGCAGUUAUGAUUAUUCCUAUGGAUGACCACAUGGUCCAUAGGGGACAUGGUGUCUUUGAUACUGCAGCAAUAAUGGACGGGUAUCUGUAUGAGUUAGAUCAACAUCUUGAUCGCUUUUUAAAUUCAGCAUCAAGAUCGAAAAUAGAUCUCCCGUUUGAUCGUGAAAGUAUUAGAAGAAUUCUUAUACAAACUGUGAGCGCUUCCAAAUGUCGAAAUGGAUCACUAAGAUAUUGGUUAUCAGCAGGACCUGGUGAUUUUAACCUCUCUCCCUCUGGCUGCCACCAGUCAGUGCUUUAUGCAAUUGUAAUACAGGACAUGUCACCGGCAGCGGGCGCAGUUAAGUCCAGGGGAGUUAAAGUCAUUACUUCAUCUAUUCCAAUAAAACAUCCCAAGUUUGCAAUCACUAAGAGUGUGAAUUACCUUCCAAAUGUGCUUUCAAAGAUGGAGGCAGAGGAAGCUGGUGCUUUUGCAGGGAUUUGGCUUGACGAUGAAGGUUUUGUUGCUGAAGGGCCUAAUAUGAAUGUGGCUUUUGUCACUAAAGAGAAGGAACUUAUAAUGCCUCACUUUGACAAAAUUCUAAGUGGGUGUACAGCUAAGAGAGUUUUAACCCUCGCUGAGCGUUUGAUCGAGAAGGGUAAGCUUCGGGGGAUAAGAAAGAAAAAUGUGACCGUCGAAGAAGGGAAGAAAGCAGAUGAAAUGAUGCUUCUUGGUAGCGGAGUUCUAGUUUGCCCUGUAGUGCAGUGGGAUGAGAAGAUUUUUGGAGAUGGCAAGCCAGGUGAUAUAACAGAGGAUCUCUUAAAUCUAAUUGUUGAAGACAUGAAAUCAUCUCCCUCUAUUCGUACAUCUGUUCUAUAUUAACCCAACUUUAUUUCCUUCUUAAGAUGUGAUUAUGAACAUUCAUAAGUAGUUGUAUCCUCAAAAUUACCUACACUUUUGUUUCCCUGAACUUUCCAUUUUGGCUCAUUUGCACAUUUGGAGAUCGUGAAGUCCAUUUGAUCUGAAUUUUGUAGCUAGGUUUGUAUAACAAUGUAUGAUGGUUGUAUACCAAAUUUGAAGUUCAAAUUUUUCCUUCACAA